AUGGGGGAACCUAAACAAAGGUUGAUUGCUCCAACUCCAAGUCAAGUCAAUACGCAAUCAUCAUCCACAACUCCCAUCGAUCCACCACGAUUUCAUCGAACAUAUUUUUAUCCAUCGUUACAAUCAUCACGAGAUACUCCUCAACCAAUCAUUAAUAAUUGGAUGAUGCCUAUCUUCUCGUUACAUACCCCAACUCAUCAACAAAUUCAUCCUUCCACUUCGUUAAAUAAUCAUAUACAUAAAUGCGAUUGGCCUGGAUGUACUUGGAGUUUUAAACGAUUAGAACAUUUAAAACGUCAUAUGAUUACUCAUACUGGUGAACGUAAAUAUACUUGCCACUAUCCCGGUUGUGGUAAAAAGUUCGGAAGGUCUGAUAAUUUUGCCGCUCAUUAUAAAACUCAUACAAAAACUAAUCCGAGAAGAUCAAGAAAAUCUGCUAAUAUCUCUGCUGAUAUCUCUUCUGCCUUGGAUAUUAAUAAUCCUGCUUUAACUAAUAAUAAUUUAUCAAACGGAAUCUCCGGUUUAAUGACUAUACAAUUACCCCCUCCUCCUCAACCUGCUGUACCUUCUUCAUCUCUUACUCAAGACCAAAUUGAUGCUUUUCAUUAUUAUUGUGAUACGGCCUCCGCUGCUAACUCAAAUUCUCGUCCUUCCAUCUCCGAAAAUGCUACUACAUCGCCUGAUCAUGCUUCUUUACGAUAUAGAGAAUGUUACUAG